UAAACCCUUCCCCGAGGGUCCCCGUCUCCCCCCGGGGCAGGGUGAGACCCAGACGGGGCAGCGGCUGCAGGGAAGCUCCUCGGGAAUUCACAGCAGGUUCCAGGGAUUUGGGCUCCUUCCUCCCGGCAGGUCCAUGUCCAUGGAGAACCUGGUGCUGGCAUUGGUGUUGCUGGCCGGGGCUCUGGCCAUCAGAAACCCCCUGCAAUGGCAGGACCUGGGGCCCAACACCGAGAUCAAGCUGGACGAGGCCCGCAACUCCUUCGAUGACCAGUACCAGGGCUGCAUCCCCAAAAUGAAUCAAGAGCUGGAGAAGAUCAUGACCACCGAGUUCGCCAGAAACCCAGUCUUCAAGAAUACCUGGGCCAAGGCUGUUGAGGCAUGGAAGGGGAAGGGUAGUCCUGUCCCCAAGACACCGCCGCUGCAGAAAGAACAUGUGAUAGCCCUCAUUGCGUACAGCAUGCACGAACCCCUGUACUCGGAGUUCAACACGGCCGUGCGUGAGGGUGGGCGCUCCCACAAGGAAUACAUGGAGAAAUUCCAGUUCAAGGCGAUGCAUUUCCUCCUCACCCAGGCCGUGACAAUCCUGCAGAACACAGGUGGCAGUUUCAUUCCCACAAACUGCCACCAGGUCUACCGGGGCAUCCGGAAGAUCCACUUCACCGCCCAGCGCCAAGAUCUCAUCCGCUUCGGCCAAUUUGCCUCCAGCUCCCUCAGAAAGGAUAAAGCUGAGCAGUUCGGCACCGACACCUUCUUCUCGGUGUACACCUGCUAUGGUGCCCUCAUCAGGAACUUCUCCUUAUUCCCUACUGAGGAAGAGGUCCUCAUUCCACCCUUCGAGACGUUCCAGGUCACCAACAUCACCAAGAAUGGGAAGAGUACCUACAUCCAGCUCAAGUCCAAGGGCAGAUUCAGCACCUACAACUGCGAAUGGUUGAAAGAGAAACGAUGCAAGGACCAGCCGUGGGACUUCAGCGCAGAGAUCGGCCAAUUUGCCUCCAGCUCCCUCAGAAAGGAUAAAGCUGAGCAGUUCGGCACCGACACCUUCUUCUCGGUGUACACCUGCUAUGGUGCCCUCAUCAGGAACUUCUCCUUAUUCCCCACUGAGGAAGAGGUCCUCAUUCCACCCUUCGAGACGUUCCAGGUCACCAACAUCACCAAGAAUGGCAAGAGUACCCACAUCCAGCUCAAGUCCAAGGGCAGAUUCAGCACCUACAACUGCGAAUGGUUGAAAGUGAUGGGGGUGGCCGUGGGUUUUGGGGUGAUGCAGUAG